AUGCCUGAAACCACCGUCAAAGCGUCCAAGAAGGGAUCAAAGAAAGCCUUGUCUAAGAGCGUCAGCAAGAAUGGCAAGAAAAAGAGAAAGACCAGGAAGGAGAGCUACGCCAUCUACGUGUACAAGGUGCUGAAGCAGGUCCACCCCGACACCGGCAUCUCGUCCAAGGCUAUGGGCAUCAUGAACUCGUUUGUGAGCGACAUCUUUGAGCGCAUCGCCGGUGAGGCCUCCCGUCUGGCUCACUACAACAAGCGCUCCACCAUCACUUCCAGGGAGAUCCAGACCGCCGUCCGCCUGCUGCUGCCCGGUGAGCUGGCCAAGCACGCCGUGUCUGAGGGCACCAAGGCCGUGACCAAGUACACCAGCUCCAAGUAAACAUUGAUGCUGUUU